AUGUAUAAUUCGCACUUGUUCCUAAAUGACACCGAACAAGCUUACACAUUCGCUGAGCUCUACUCGAAUGCUGACUCAUUCGACAUUCCUUCAAAUGACGUCACAAUAAGUUUAGGAGAGCAACUGGGCAAAGUGAUUGACCUUCAUCACAUAAUUUUGGAAAGCAAUAAGCUAUGCAGAGGGGAUUACAAGCAAUUCUUGCCAGCUCAGAACCUUAGAUGUAGAUACAACCACGAAAAUUCAGCAUUUCUCAAAAUCGCUCCGGUAAAAGAAGAAGAGCUUUACGAUCAUCCAAAAAUACUACUUUAUCACAACGUUGUAUACGAAUCAGAAAUUAAUACAAUAAAAUCUGUCUCCGCAGAUGAGCUAAAAACGUCUACGGGUUAUAUGAGUGGUAACAAAACACCAGUUACCGCAUUUCUCUAUCGUAUGAGUCAGACAGCGUUUGUCAAUAACGAGCUCCCAGAAUUAUCGUUUUUCUCCAGACGCAUUGAGGAUAUCUCGGAUUUGGCUUUAAAGCACUGCGAAACGUUGCAAGUUGUGAAUUAUGCGCCAGGAGGGUUUUACAGAGUGCAUACUGAUUAUCUGCCACCACAUGAGGAUUACUUGGGGAAAAGUGGAAAUCGAAUUGCAACGGUGUUAUUUUAUCUCAAUGAUGUUCCAUUAGGAGGAGAAACAGUUUUCCCCAGACUCAAGUUAUCGGUGAGUCCUGAAAAAGGAUCAGCUCUAAUUUGGCAUAACAUGUUACCAGAUGGAUCAGUGAAUUUGUUGACCCAUCAUAGCGCUUGCCCAGUAAUCAUUGGAGAAAAAUGGAUCAUUACACAAUGGAUUCGAGCGAAGGGUCAGAAGUGUCUUCGACGUGUUUACGCUUCAUGGAAACAUGAUACAUCAAGUGAUGGAAGUACUGAAGAUCAAUAAGAUGUUAUUAUUUUAAAAAAUGAAUUUCCAUGGGGAAAAUGAUUGGAUAUGAUCAGAUCUGAAUGGAAGUUUUCCUAUGGAAACUCAAAGCUGAUUAUAUCUGGUAAAAUUUAUAAGCAAUGUCCGGAAGUGAUCAAGUUGGAUCUGAUCAUUUCCAUUGAGUUUUCAAAUUCUUAAUUUUUUCAAUUCAUUAUAUUACGUAUUUUGUUUACUUUUCUUUGAAGAAAAUAAUAAAGCAUAAAACGUACCUACCUAUCUACCCGAUAUAAUUCCUUCUUUUAAAACCACAAUUUUUUAAAAAAUGGGAAAAUUAUUGGAUUUUAUCAAGUUUGAUCAGAUCCCAUCAGGCCUCCUCUAUUGGAUCUAAUCAGGUCUGAACAAAUCUAAUCCAAUCAAAACUUUAACCUGAGAGUAGAUUCGAAAGGUCUGGUCUGGCCAUCUGGCCUGAUUUGGUCUAAUCAGGUCAGGUCAGAUUGAAUUCAGGAAAUGUCCGGAUUUGUUAAGAUCCAGUCAUUUUUCGUUGGGAAAAUUUAAAAAAAAAACAAUAAAAUAAGUAGGGCUACUCGAAAAUUUAUAAAAUCU